AUGAGUGCUUCCGCCCAGACCCCAUCACCUCUACCCGCACCUGAGCCCGCCCGGUUCAACAAUAACCCUGUCUGCUUCGCCACAAUCCGGUCGGUAGAACGCAAACUGAACAUUGAUGAACCGGGCCUUCGGGCUAAAGUUGCCUUCAUGACCAGCAUCCAAACUCUCGAGGAAGAGACAAUGGUUCGGUCGCUGCACCCUGCUCUGAAGCAUUGCGAUUGUGUUUCAGUAGUUGAGGGUGGUCCGGUGAGGAAACCUCUGUGGCUAGUCCAUGCCCGCGGCGCCCGGAAUAUUUACAACACACACGCCGCUGGCAGGGAAAUACAUGUCCUGCCGGCACAAACUCUUCCACCCGUUACACCCUUGGGUCUGUUGAUGCGUCCUGUCAAUAUCAAGCGUAUCAACCCCCGGUCUUUUCUCGAACCCCAGAAAGUCAACUUAAUUCGCGAAGCCUUUCCAGGUUCCAUCGGAGCACAAAUACUCCUCACUGGUUGGCUAUUGAUUUUGUUUCCGGAGAAGAAGUCGCUAGAGGCAUGCUGGGAUAAGGGUGUCCCGGACGAGGUCGGUGGUUUACGGGUCGGAUACAUCAUAGCAUCAUUCCAUGCGACAGCUAACAUCGUCGAGUCCGGUCGAGCGGUUAGCAGUGCGCCAGGAACCCUUGCUCAGCAGGCGGCACUCGGCCUACGAUUACGGCUCCCAGGUGGCCAGGAGGCAAUCACGACAGUGACGCAUGCGUUUGUCCGUCUUGCCGAUUCCAGAAUGUCAAAAAUAAGGAAACGUUUCACGGAGUAUAUCUUGACAGCGAAAGAUUACCUCAAGCGGAUGACACCACCGCCGCGGCAGACACCACAGGCUGCCAUUGUCCACCCGAAACAGGUUGCGAACUCGCCAGUUGGUAAACAAAUUGGCACUAUUACAGUAACUUACGACCGAUGUACGCGCCACCGUAUGAUUCCAUAUCCCUAUGGAUUUCAACACGAUUUGAGUUUGGUCACUGGGCCGAACCUCCCCCAGCUCACGAAUCCCCCCAACACCCCCCGGGUGACAGAAUGGGGUCCAUAUGAAGCGGCGCUUCAAGGCCGGCCAGUUUUUGUGCACCGCUACAAUAUUGCAACCGGAAGCUUAUUUACUUACCAAGGCCAUGGAGUAACAACACAAGCCCAGCAGUGUAUUAUCCAUGGGACCCAGUACAGCUGGGAUGCACGGGCGUUUGGUACAGCUUUGCUAUGGAGGACUCCUCGAGACACAGAUAGCGUUCAAGGGACAUCAAGCAGUGUCCUAUGCUUAGGCGAACCACAGCACAAGACAGCUAGAGCUCUUCUCUUCCAGAACUUCGAGGCACCCCUAACGGCGAGUGAAAGUGUGCAUAUCGAUGAGAACGAGGAGGGCCCUGUCUUUAAAGGGGGGUUUCUUUUGCCCGAAGAGAUCCGUCGCUCACAUAUCAUUACCGUGGGAGAAAUAUAUCCAGAAGACUUCCGUACCCCGCAGAAAAGUUCUAGCUCGGAGGUCCCUACGCAGGAAUAUGGUAUGACUGUGUAG